AUUUCAUAUGAUUAAGUUCUCCAUUUUGCUUGCUUUAUUUAUUUAGGUAAAUGUUUUUCUCUUUCUUUAACUUUGAAAAUAGUUUCACACAUGUUACACACACAAUAAUUUUUUCUCUAUACUUUUCCACCCUUCUAAAAUUGUAGAGCGAGUAAAAAGGAAAUCGUUUGGAUAAAAAUUCUUAUCAGCCAAGUGAUUCAUAUUUAAAGUUGAAUACUUCAUUAGAAAAUACAGUAAAAUAAAAAAUAAAUAAAAAAAAAAAAAACUAAACUAAAAGUUAGUGGAGUUCAACAAAGCAACAAAAUUGUGGUAUUCAAGUGGGAGCAAAUAAACCAGUGCCCUACUUUAAGAUUUGUGGUAGAUAGUAGAUUUAGCAAAAUUCGUGAAACAUGUUUUCCAAGACAUUUUUUUUUCCAAGUAUUUAAGAAAGUCCCAGAUUCAACUUCAUAGUUGAAGCUGUACCUUUGUCUGUUUUCAAGUAACGAUAAAUUACUAACUCCCAGAAUUCUUUGGCCAGAAAAAAAAAAAAGCAGUUUUUAUUAUUGAGCUGAAAGCAACUAGCAAGCAACCUCUCCUUCAACCCAAACUGAAAGUGAUGGGAACCCAAACUGCUUAUUCAGCCAAGAUGUUUGGAGCCGAUUCUCGUUGCAUUGUAAAUGAGCAAAAAACAUGUCUAUUGUUGCCAAAGACUGUAAAACUUGCAAAGAAAUUUGCAGCAAAUGACAGAAUUAGCAUGAUGCAAUAUUGUGUCAAUCUUCCUCAACUAAGCUUAUCUCCAACUAGGAAAGUGUUCCACUGCCACUCAUUGUUACAGUCUGAGGUUGGAGUAGGAGCUGAAACAACAGAGCUCUACAAGUCGGUUUGUGUGAAAUUUCAGCUGGAGAAAGAGUGCCAAUUCGGUGAUCAAAUUCUUUUAGUAGGAGAUGACCCAAUUCUGGGGUCAUGGAACCCAUCAGAUGCCAUACCAUUUGACUGGUCCGAAGGCCACAUCUGGAGUCUUUUUUUGGAAUUGCCGGUUGGGAAGCCUAUCCAGUACAAAGUCUUGCUUAAGAACAGCAUGGGUGAAGUUAUGUGGCAACCUGGUCCAGACAGGAAUUUCGAAGCAUGGGAGACCAAGAAUGUUAUAACUGUGACAGAAGAAUGGGAUAAUGCAGAAGCACACAAGAUAAGUGAAGAGCAACAAGCUAUCGAAGAAAAUGAAGAACUAAUGCGUAACACAUUGGAGGAACCAUCUCUUCCAGAUUCAGACAGAAAGGCCCCGAGGAAAGAAGUGGCAGUGGGAGAAGGUUUUGAAAGACAGGCAAAGGCAGAUAAAAAUUCAGCUGAACUAGGAGAAGAAGGAAAUUUGGUUCCCCUUGAUGAAGGUCCGGUCCUUGUGCCAGGGUUGACUCAGCUAUCAUCUUCUAAAGAAGAAUAUGCUUAGAAAAACUAGUAGCAACCUCACUGAGAAUUCACUUGGUGCUGAUGCACCUGGAAACAAGAAUAAAGCAGAUUGCAAAUGUACCAUUUUGAUUAAGAAGUAUGAAUACUAGUAGCAAUAAAAUUUCCCUUUGUUAUGAUAGGAAACAAGCCAUAAUUGAUAACCUUUACUAUGUUACAGUGUACAGAUUAAUCCUAGAAUCCUAACUGCAAAUAUCCUCCAAAUUUCAACAACUAACAUUUCUCCAAACUAAUUUUUAGCAUUCCUCUCUUCAAUCAUAUAGGUCUGAAAAGAAACUAGUGGGUGACAAUACAAACCUUAAUAGUGCUAAAAACACUCCUCCAAAAGCAUAAAGCGCUUAGGACAACAGCGAGAAAAUGUCAGUAAAUCAACAAUGUCAGUAUUUGAUCAUAGCAGACACCAUUAGCUUUAACAGAUGCAUUUACUAUCCCAAAAUUGAGGGAAAACUAAUAAAGCAAGUAACAGUACAAUGUAUACAUCAAAGUAACAGAGAAGCAAUGCUUUAUCCUCAUCACAAGAAAAAAAA